AUGACUCCCCCAUCAGGAAACGGUAUUGAGGAUCGGAUUGCCGCGCUCACGCAAUGUAUACGUGCAGGCAGAGAGUCGAUCGGUGACACGACUCGGCUCGGCGCGCUGAAGGCUGCACGAGGCCUGAUGGAUGCUCUCAGGUCGCCGCUGGAAACCGUGAUCCAUGAUGUGGUCUUCGGCCCCGUUUUGCUGAUGGCCCUCCGUAUGGGGGUCCAACUAGGAGUCUUCAGGAUCAUCUGUGACGGCAAGGGCAGGGGAACCACACAGAACAGAUUGCGGAGAAUUCUGAAGCAAAUGUUCUUGUUGUUGCGCGACGAACAAGCCCGCGACAUUCUCGACAACAUUGUAAAUGCCAUGGAACCAGGCUACUCUCGCCUCAUAAUUAACGGCCAAAUUAUCCCUGAUAGAGAUUAUGAUUUUGCUACCGCUUGUAUUAGUAUCAAGAUGAUGGUUCAAGUCGGUGCUUUCGAGCGAACGGAGAAACAGCGGCGCGCUUUACUGACGUCUGCCGGCUUGAAAGAUCUCUCGUUUCACCAUCCCCCCAGUGGUGAUGAGGGGAUCAUCACCGCCGCAAGAGCAUGA